AUGGGUCCCGCAUCUCCUUCUGAACGCCGAGGAUCCCUUGUCGUCGAUACGACGCUCGCGGGAGAAGAAGAUGCCGCUGUUCUUGCCAAGAUGGGGUACAAGCAAGAGCUCCGACGUAACUUCAGUACGCUAGAGGUCGCCGGACUCGCCUUCUCUAUUAUGGGGUUGUUGCCCUCCAUUGCCUCUACGUUAGCCUAUUCGAUCCCCGCUGGCCCGGUUGGGCUAGUCUGGGGCUGGUUUCUUGCUUCAGGCUUCAUCUUCAUUGUUGGGUUAGCUAUGUCCGAUCUGGCCAGCUCGAUGCCAACCAGCGGCGGGCUUUACUACUGGACGCAUUACUAUGCAUCUCCGAAGUGGCGCAAUCCGCUGAGCUUCCUCGUCGGGUACAGCAACACGCUUGGCUUGGUUGGUGGGCUUUGCUCCAUCGAUUAUGGAUUCUCGCUCAUGUUCCUUUCGGUCAUAGUGAUCGCCCGUGACGGCAACUGGACACCCAGCAAUGGUACCAUCUACGGCGUCUUUCUGGCCACCGUUGCCUGCCAUGGCCUUAUCGCUUCAACAAUGGCUCGUGUGAUGGGCAAGAUGCAGACCGUCUUCGUUGUGAUGAACUUCGUCUUGAUCUUCGCCACUGUCGUUGCACUUCCGAUUGGCGCAAAACACCGACUCAACAGUGCUUCUUACAUCUUCACCAGAGUUGAAAACCUCACAACCUGGCCCUCCGGGUGGACAUUUAUGCUUUCCUGGCUUAGUCCCAUCUGGACGAUCGGUGGAUUUGACUCUGCAGUCCAUAUCUCUGAGGAAGCCACUAAUGCAACGAAAGCAGCACCAUUUGGCAUCCUCUUCUCCAUCGGCUCCUGCUGGGUAUUUGGCUGGAUCUGCUGCAUUGUGAUCGCAGCCACCAUGGUUCAUGAUGUCGAAAGCCUACUAAGCUCGCCGUAUGGACAGCCGAUGGCUCAAAUCUAUUAUGAUUCACUGGGAAAGAACGGCGCCUUGGGAUUCAUGGCGCUGCUGAUGAUUGUUCAGUUCCUGAUGGGCAUAUCCAUUCUCGUCGCAGCCUCGCGUCAGGCGUGGGCCUUCUCGCGAGACGGUGCUUUGCCUCUCUCUAGCUUCUUCCGGCACAUUUCCGAGAAGUUCGGAUACAUCCCAGUUCGCACAACCCUUGGGUGCGCUUUCCUUGCGGCAGUCCUAGGUCUGCUCUGCCUGAUUGCUCCUGCUGCGGCGUCUGCGCUUUUCUCUUUGGCCGUCGCUGGCAACAAUCUCGCCUGGGGAACUCCGAUCCUCUGCCGCUUGGUUUGGGGCCAGCACAAGUUCUCCCCUGGGCCCAUCUACACGGGUCGUGCGUCCACCCCUCUCGCGUGGAUGGCUAUUCUAUUUCUGGUAUUUGGGAUCUUGUUGAGCAUGUUCCCUGUCGGGGGACCGAGUCCGACGGCUGAGACGAUGAACUAUACCUGCGUGAUCAACUCGGCGGUUUGGGGCGGUGCCUUGCUGUACUAUUUCAUCGACGCGAGGAAGUGGUUCACGGGCCCGCAAAUUACGAUCGACUUGGGCCAAUUGACGGAGGAGCAGGAAGCCGCGUUGAGGGAGGAGGGGCUGAAGGUGGCAGCUGAUGGGACCGCCGUCGUUGGUGGGAAGAGUAUUGAUGAGACCGAGGCCGGCAAGACGACGUAG